AUGGGUAUAACGGGCGUGGAGGUUGCCACGUUCAUAUAUGCCUAUGUCCUGCCAUGUCAAGUGUUAAUUGGAUGCUGCGGAAAUAUCAUGAAUUUGAUUGUGCUGCUUGACCGUCAAAUGAGGAAAGCUCGGACGCAUUUGCUCUUCGCUGCAAUGGCUCUUUCGGAUCUCGCGUUCCUCAUCUCAUCCCUAGGAACAUGGCUGAUGAUACAAAGGUUUUUCCCGCCUUCCCAGCCAAUGAUGGAUUUCCUAAAGAAUCAUCGACAUUACCCCAACGGUCUGUGCAACUGGUUCAGCGCCAUGUCGAUUUACUUUAUGAUCUACGCAACAGCUGAACGUGUAUCUGUCAUUAAAUCUCCUUUCCGGGCUUCGAAGGAGCCUGUCACGGCUCGUUUUGCCGCCUCCCUGCUUCUUAUUUCCGUGGUAUCAUUGGCGAUCUGUGGAAUUCAUUUUAUGUCCCAUCAACAGCGCAAAUUAUGGCCGGACUUACAACGCAGCUGGAUUAUGGCUCAAAUGCUCCUUGUCGUGGUUGUCCCAUUUGUGUUGACUACGUUUAUGAACGCUAUGCUGAUCGUGGAGCUGAAGAAGAAUCGCUGCCAGAUGCAUGCACUGAGCGACAAUUACAGCGAGAAGCAGAUUUUGCAAGAUAAUAAGAGGAGUCGUGAUGAGCGAAAGAUAACCAUCAUGGUCGUCGUCAUCUCCACAUCAUUCAUUGUGUGCAAUGCUCCCGGCGCUGUCAUCUACACCCUAAAAGUCUUCGAGCUCACUAAACUAACGGGCGGCUUCACCCACCUCAUCGAAACCAUCUCCAACUGCCUGGCCGUCACCGGAAAAGUUCUGAACUUCUUCCUGUUUUGCUCCUCGUCCCAACGAUUCCGGAAACUACUAAGGAUUAGGCUCGAGAACUGGAGGUACUGUCGCUCAUCGAAGUACGCUCGGCGCAGCUCCUCGAAGUUGAACCAUUCUCACUCGCAGGCUAACAGGACUCUAUCGAUGCCAAUGACGGAAUUA